CCGGGAACAGGAUGGGGCCAGCGAGGAGCGGGGCGCCGGGCGGGGAAGCCCCGCCCCUACCGCGCAGUCCCCGCCCACAAGCCCCAGCCCCGCCCGGGGCUCCGCCCCCGCGCGCAAGCCCCUCCUCCUCCACGCAAGCCCCACCCCUUGUGCGGAAGCUCCGCCCCGCUGGCUCCGCCCUUCCCGUCGCUCCCCGCUUCUCCCACAAGUCCCUGCGCCUCAAGAUGGCGGCGCCGCGGGAGGCGGCGGGCGCGGCCCGGUAGCUCCGCCGCGCCGAUGGGGUCCCGCGGCCCGGCCCGGCCGCGCGGCUGCGUUCUCUACGCCGCUCUGGGUGCCCUGGCCUGCGGCCUGCGGCUGGCGGCGGCGAUGGUGGCGAGUGACGAGCGGCGCUCGGCGAGCCCUGUGGCGGCCACGGCGUGCUGGCAGGUGGAGGACUUCGUGGUGGCGCAGGAGUGCACCCAGUGCACCAGCUUCCAGGUGAAGACGAUAGCGGAGUGCAGCCCAACAGGCUUCAUCGAGAAGAUCAGCUGCGCUACCUCCAGGAGGGAUGAGUUCAAGAGCUGCCGCUCGGCGGUGAUGGAAGCACGUGUUUUCUGGAAGUUUGUGGGCACGAUGAUGUGUGUGGCUGCGGUCUUUGCUGUGCUGGUUGUGUGUCGCCAGCGAGUGCUGGACAGAAAAGCCCUUGAGAAGGUCCGCAAGCAGAUUGAGUCCAUUUAGCACUGCCUGCCUGCCCUGGAGCAGGGCCCUGUGUGCCUGGGGCAGGGCCGGGAGCACCUGGACUGCGAAGACUCUGCUCCUGUGUUGCUCCCAAAAGAGAUGGGAGAGGAAACACUUGUCUGGGGCCCUGCCCUGGCAGCCUGCCUGCUUUCAAUCUGUGAACACGGAGCUCUGCUGGGAGCUGCCCUGUGCUCUGCUGCUGCCUCGAGACAUGACUGGGGAGUCCUGUGAAAGCAGCUGAGGAGUCUUUUGCACACACUGUGCUGGUAUGGGGCCCGUGGGGACCUGCCCUGUGGCCUCUCCUGUCAUUCUGCACAUGGGGAGUCCUGCUGUACCAUGCUCAUGGUGGUCCAGGCCAAUGCAGCAUCUGUUUUCCACGAGCUGAUGCCAUGAAAUAAAUCCUGAUUGUUGUUGCUGGA